GUGGUUUGUUAUCGUGUGUAAAGAUGGUGGACGUGCAGCCGCCACCCCUGCGGAGCCUGGAUGACUUCGUGCUCGGCUCGGCCCGCUUCGCCGCGCCCGACGUGCGCGACCUCGACCGCUGGAACAACCGCAUCAUCAACAACCUGCUGUACUACCAGAGCAACUACCUGCUGAGCCUGCUGGGCUUCCUGCUGCUGGUGGGGUACUUCCAGCCCGUCCAGCUGCUGGUCGGGGCGGUGGUCGUCACUCUGCUGUUCCUCGGCUUCGUCUGGGCCGCCGAGAACCAAGCGCCCAUCCGCCGCUUCCGCCGGAAACACCCGUCCAUCUGCCUGCUGGCCAUCCUGCUGGCCAGCUACCUGCUGCUGUCGGUGCUGGGAGGCGUGGCCGUGUUCCUGUUCGGGAUCGCCUUCCCUAUCCUGAUGGUUCUCCUCCAUGCGUCGGUGAGGCUGCGGAGCCUGAAGAACAAGCUGGAGAACAAACUGGAGAGCAUCGGGCUGAAGAGGACGCCCAUGGGGCUCCUGCUGGAGGCUCUGGGACAGGAGCAGGAGGCCGGGUCCUAGGACGAAGAAGAGGAGGAGGAGGAGGAGGAGAUCAUCCAAAAUGGGGUGGCAGCUGCCAGCCCAUGCCACCCUGGUAGAUCCGCCCCUGGGUGAGGAGCGAGAAAAUCAGAUAUGAGACCAGACAACACAAGAAAGAAAAAAAGAAAGACAGAAAGAAACAAAGUGAGUCAGUGAACAAAUGGGGUGGGGAUGAGGGAUUUCAAUAUUCAGAGCUGAUCUGAAGUCAGCGGUGAAGGAGGAGACAGACCCAUCCUGGUGUCCAGCAGGGAAAGGACUGGGAUUACACAGUCACAGAAAUAAUCCCUGAUCACUUUCUGCCAUUCCUCGCACUUUAACCACUUUCAGCUGUUGCAUUUUUUGUUUUUUUGUUGUUUUUUGGGGGGGUUUUGUGGGUGUGAUAAGACCCGGCUGAAAAUAGUCCGACAUGGCAGGGAAGUGACGCUCCCUCCACUCGCUCUCAGGGCCGGGGGAGUCGCUUUAUAAAUAUUUUAUAUUCCAUUCCAGCUGCAAACGACCUGUUGACAAAAAGGUAUUCAGCAGUAACUUAACAGGAAGAAUCACAGCAUCAGAGCAAUGCAGUCUGAUUACCUUCGGUCACUUUUGGAUGCCAAAUAUGAGUAAAAGCCGACAAACAGCAGACGUGCCUGUGCGGGACGGUGUGGGAGGUCACGGCGGCCCGUGGUUAGGCCUGCCUGUGGAAACAGACAGCAGGCCUCUGUACAUUUACAGUGUGUCUGUUUACAUUGGCAGUGUAAAUAUGAUCAUAAUGCCUAUUUGCAGCUGUUGGAUAUGAAUCUGCUGCUCCAAACUGUCAAUUAAUAUAAUAAAUUCAGUAUUCAGUGAUGUGCUAAUAGUUUGGUUAAAAUCCCAUUUUCAUGCGAGAAUCGAAGGAUACACAGACCCGUUUCCCUAGCAACCAGCACAGGCUACCUUUUUAACAUUACUGAAAAAAAUAAUCGCAAUACAAUAAAAACACGAUGUACAACACUAAUAAUCACUGGUUGCAGCCGCAGCGCCAGUCAGUGUCCAGUUCAUGUCAACCAGUCAUUUUAUAUUUCAUCUAAAAGCUGGGAUUUUCCUGGUUUAAAAAAAAAAAAAAAAUCUGCUUCUGGGCUGAUUUGACUUGUUUCAUGUUGGUUGAGAGGUCGUUUGUUUUUCGAGGUUUUUUCACAGAAACUCCUUGAGACGGUCUCAGUUUUGGCAUCCCGCCGCUGCAGGACAGGUCAGGGGUGUUGAGGGAGAAUCAGGUUUCAAAACUCCAUGAAAAAGACUUAUUAUUAAAGGAAUACACCAACAUUUACAGCAAAAUCCUUUUUUCCCGACUUCCCCAGACUGAGACCAGAUGUUGGACACCAUUUUCUCCUCUGUACGUCCACUGGUUCAGUUCCUAUGGGUAGCAUUUCAUGUUAGCUUAGCAUAAAGACUUGAUGUCUAUGGGAGUCGUUAGCCUGGCUCUGUCAAAGUGAAAAAAUAAACCUUCCAGCAGCUCUGAAGCUGUCUGAUUCACACAGCGGAUCAUGUGGAUAUCGUGUAUGACAAAAUUGAAAUUUGAAAAAGAGCAUUUUGCCCAAAAUGUUGGAGUAUUCUUUAAGUUGUCAUUUAAAAGCAGUGCAGCUGGAGGUCCUUUGAUUUAGUCCAGUACUUUGGACUUGGACCUUAAAUCUUUUUUUUUUUUUUUUUUUUUUUUAACUUUCCUUUGCAACCUCGUCCUAAUUCAUCCACUAAAAAAUCACUUUCAGCAUUUCUCUUUGUCGAGUGUGAGGCAACAUACGGUUUGUGUUUCCUUUUCAGCGCAACAUUCGAUGAAUAAAUGCAGAUAAAUGCCAUUUCUGAAACAAACAAACAAAAAAAAACAAUGGACUGUUGAAUACAGAGUUUAGCCAUAAAAACCGGAAUCACUUUUGUAUCAGCUGACUAGUUCAGUGCAGAUUUUUUUGAGGUUGAGGAGAAAGAGAGGAGGAAAGACUUUAGAUGAAAUGGAAAAACAAACCUUUUUAGUUCUUUUUAAACCUUUAUCGAUCCAAGGAAGAUAGCUUCUGCUUCACAUUCAUUUAAAGUGACAGUUCAGCCUAAAUUAAUAUUUGAGGCAUCAAACAUUUUGACCUUAAGAAAGUAGGUCACGCAGACGGAUAGAAAAAGCUUUCCAGGGAGUGUUUUUCUGCAAACAGGCGUCUUGAAUUUUCUGGCAAAACACGUCCCUGUUCACCGGUCGGCCUUCGGUGGGACCGAGGGCGGAGUUAACCGAGCUGUGCAGCGCAAGGCAUUAUGGGUAUUGGAGUGUUUUCAAUGCGGUGACCAUAAAACUCAGAGCAAACCUUACAAAUUCAUUAAAUAUGUUUUUCCCUCUUUUUUCUUGUAAAGUCACAAAAAUUAAACGUGUCGUGAGGUCACACAGCCACAGGGUUACCAUGCACUUUGAAGGGUAACUCAGCGCCAAAGAAGCUCCGCUGCGCUGCCCUCUAGUGGUUGAAACUCUCUGACAUGUUGCACAUCCACAGCCGGUAGGUGACGUGGCUGCAGGUUCUUCGUCACUGGCAGCUGCUAAAAAUACCUGCUGCUUCGUCACUGAUCGUGUGCGCCCAGAUGUGCAACAUGGCUGAAAGUCUCAACCCCUAGAGGGCAGCGCAGCAGAGGUUUUCCGCAAAUUAACCUUCAACAGCACAAUGAAAGGGUUAAUUUUCUAACGGGGUGUGUGCUGCGUCCUUGUUGAUCCCGAGGGAAGAAUGUCUUGAUUUUGCCAAUUUUGCCGGUGGCCUUAAUGAGCUACUUUCUGGAGAUGGCCGUCCACCAAAAACCCCAACAGCUCGUUUGUACAAGCAGCUUAUUACCACCUAUAGCUACGUUUUAAAGUUCAGCGACCUCUAGUGGUCGUGUAAAUAACUGCAGUGUGGUGUGUUAUGAGGUGUAGUUUAACAAGCGACAAAAUUCUUAAAAUCCAAAAAUGAAAUCCAAAUCCAGAUGCUUUCAAAGCAGAGACUGGAGUUCGAUUUCCACAUGAAAGCAAGUCCGGUGCUCGUGUCUGGGGGUUUUGUUCGUUUCUGUAUUAACAAAGUAUUUUUGGUGCCAAAACUGAACCAAACUGCUACCGUUUUAAUGCACAGCGGCAUGUGGCAUGUCUCCUGCCACCAGUAGGGGGCGCUAAUGUAGGAAUCGCUCCUGUGGGUCGUAUUGGAGGGCAGGAACAAGUGAUCUGUGUGGUCGAGCGGGUCGGAGGACUUGUUGGUUUUUGGACAUGCAGAAGCCAAUCAUGCGUGUUGGAACAGGGGUUGGGACAGGGUUCUAUGGCAAAAUAAGGUUCUAAACAGAACGUUGUGUAGGUUUGAUUAGGAGUGUGAAUGUGUAGAAAAAUCUUAACAUUUACUGGGGGGCAGUUUUGGUAUGUAAAUGAGGACAAAAAAGACUGACAUUCCAACUAAUUAUAUUAUAAAGUUUAAAAAAUGACUUCCAUUUAACAGUGUCUGCUGUCAGUACCCUUUCCUCUCCAGUAGGAGGUGCUGCCACCCGCCCAGCACUAUUAAUUCUUGCAUUUUUUGAGCCACUAAGAGUUAGCAAAUAAAUCAUCACAUCAUCAGCAAAAUGGCAUUCCCCCCCUGUGAUUAUCUGCAUUUAAGCACGUCUGGACAAGUAUGAAAAUGUCUGGGGUGUGAUUUUUGAUCAUUUCCAGGUCCGGACAUGAGGACAAACAUUUCCACCUCCAGACUAAUAUUUUGGUGUACAUUUUUCUAAAACGCGCAAUUUAUAAAAUCAGGCCUGAUAAACACUUUUUAGUUAUCAUCAGACUGAUAUAGCCUUAAAAAAUCUACCGAGAAGUCUGGAGAUGUGGGUCUGGAAACGCACAGGAAACUGAAAAUUUGCAUGUAGGAAAGAGCAGGACAUGAGGCCGACGCGGUGUGACAUGUGACUGAAAAUGUGGCUUUAAGUGCAAAAACCUCAAGUAAAUAUUUAUUAACCUGUAUGAAAAUAUUUGAAGCACAAGCGUCCAAAAAAAGCUUCAUAAUUAGAGGAGCAAAUGUACUUAGUUAGUUAACAUGUUGAGACACUAACAACUUGGCAAAAUCAGGACCUCAUUCAUGAAAAAAAAAAACUUUUGAAUUGAACCUUGAUUGUGUGUUUGCUCGCUCAUGACCAGCAUCCUGGUGAGGCUCAUGUCAGAGUGAGAAUAAUAAAACCCAGUAAAUCUGAUUAUUGCUGUUAAAGGAACUUACCAGGAUGCUAGCCGGCUAUCUUUCUCUUUGUUCUUUCUCUUGUUUUGUAUUUUUAUUAUUAUUAUUAUUAUUAUUAAUCUUAUUUAUGCACAACAGAGAGUCUGAAAAGUCUAGAAUCACAGGGAAACUGCUGAAGAAAGCUGAAGAAAAGUGGGUUUUUUUUCAGUCGUGAGGUUUGAUCCUCUGCCUCCAUUCAGAAAGAUGACAACAUUAGUGUGUACAAUUAGAAAAAAAAAUAUAUCCUAUGUGUGUAUUUGGCUGGUUAUUUUUAUGAUUCUUGAUUUUUCAGACAAACCUUGAAGGAAAUAAAGAGGGCGCUCUCAAACUGCCUAAGGGGAGAAAAGACAAAAAGUGUAAAGCACUCCAGUGUGAUGACGAUGAUGAAGGGUUUACGGUUCACGCCAGCAGUGUUGUAAUGUCAAAGCAGAUCAUUUUGUACAAAAAAAAAAAAAAGACUGAAUGUUUUCCACAGACUGAAGGUAUUUGAUAAAUCGAAAGCUGUUUGAUGUAAAAAUGAGUCUCCUCUGAUCAGAGGGGACGUUGCAUUUUUGUUGUUUUUGCUUUUAUUGCUGAAUGUCGAAGGAAAAUGUUUCCCUGCAGCGGCCGGAUGAAGCUGCGUUUCCUCCCGGCGGCUGCAGGGACGUUUCCGUGCCUUUCUGCUCACAUGACGCCGAGGACGCUGGCAUCGGUCUGACACAGUCGGUUUUAUUGGUUGUUUUUUGAACAUCUGAUCAGCGUCGGUGUCCUGCAGAAAACACACACCUCUAUAAAAAAAAAUAAAAUAAAAAUCUGAAUCUGGAAACAACUGAGGCCUGAAUUCCAUAUUAAUGUCAUUCUGCUUUAAAGUUAUAUUUGAGGCAUUUAGUCGAUGCACUUGUGAUGAACAAGCAGCACACCGGAUCUGGAAUUU